AUGACCACCGACCAACGCCACAUCACAACAGGUCCCUCGCCAACCUCAAACCUAAGCAGUCCCCCAUUCAAAAAUCCCACAUCAACCCAAGCAUCGAGCUCAACCGCCGCACCCAGCACCAGCCCAUCAUCAAUCUCCGCCGUAGAAAACGGCAACGGCAACAUUCCAUGGAAAAAGCGUGUCUCAACAGCCUGUCUCGCGUGCAAAAAGUCCAAAAGGAAAUGCUCCGGCACGCCGCCGUGCUCGAAUUGUCUCACUUUCCACCGAGCGUGUAUCUUCGACGAAUCGCUUGAUCAGCGCCGCCGCGUCGCGGCCAAGCGCACUGCUGAUGAGUUGUCGUAUCAUCGCGAUUUACUGAAUGAUCUGUUUACGCUGGUGAGGGAGGCGGAUUCGGGGGCUGGGCAGAGGCUUUUGGAGCUUAUUCGAGAAUGUGCGGGGCCGGAGGAUGUUAGGGAGUUUAUUAGUGAGACGCUUUCUGGGUUGAGUGGGAGGAUGACGAUUGAGGGACUCCGGGGAGGAGAUGGUUCUGAUUUACUCUCCGGGAUGAAAACGGGUUCGAUUUCGGAAUCAACAGAGACGUCGAUAUCGGCAUCCCGUGCUUCGGGCUCGGGAUCUAGCGCUAGUCUAGCAGCCAGUGACGCGAUCAGGCCGGAUAGAGAGAAGAUUCAGUCUACGAUUUCCAAAUUGGAAGAUGUGAAGGAUGUCUUUAAUGUUGAGGGGACUGAGCCUUCGUUUCGCAGUAAGGUUAUGGAUUUGCAUUAUCUCUGCGAUGAGGCGCCGAUCAAAGUCCCUGCGAAACCGUGGACCGGGGUCACGGAUGAUGAUGAUCUUGUUUCGCAUCUUGUCUCGCUUUACUUUACUUGGGAUUAUCCUGUGCAUGCGUUUGUGGAUCAGGAUUAUUUCUCCGAAUUCUCUGAAGCAUAUGUCGUUCCUGGCGAUAUUUCCUCGAAGGGAUGUGACUUUCUCGCUGAAGCAGAACGACUCAAAGCAGAUGCCCCCUCCAGACCUAGUCUGGCUACGCUGCAGGGUACGCUUCUGAUGUAUGAGCGGUAUGCGAUGUCCCGCGACGAUGAUUUAGGAUACAUCAUGCUUCACGAGGCUAUUAGUAUGGGCGAGUCUCUCGGACUGGUGGGUGUUUCUGGCUCGCACAUUACUAGCGAGCAGUUGUCCAGAGACAUGGAUGCUUCAUGUCGGCGGACGGCGUGGGGGCUGUUCAAUAUUGACACGAUGGUUCAUACGGGCUUUCUUCGCCCUUGUCUCAUUGAGCAUGUCAAUAUGCCCCGAGUUGGCCGAGAUGUUGGCCAAGAUCAGCUUACUUGGAGACCGUAUCCGACCCAUCGCCAGUCGCGACCGUCUGAGAUCAGUUUAUACUUCGACGAGGCGUGUAAUUUGUCGUCUAUUGCGCGCGACAUUUCGAGGAGUAUGUUUGGCGGAGAAAGAUCUCAACAAUUGAGUCGCGAGGAUUUGUAUGAGCGGUUGAUGCGGUGGAAGGAGUCGUUGCCAAAUGAAUUUGAAGAUGGGAUGCCACCCCAUCUGAUAUUGUUACUUAUGCGUUUCCAUACUCUCGCUAUCAAUCUAUUCAGCUGCCCGACUCCCGACGCCGCCCGCUCUUCUGAUGUAUCAAAAACACCCGAAAGUCCAGGAUACUCACCACUGGCAGAGCCCAAAUACAGCCCGUGGCACAUAACACAGACGGCCGCCCAUGGGAUCGCAGCACUGACUCGUCUCCAUCGUCGCCAGUACGGAUUGAGUCGAGCCCACCCGUUCGCUCUCUACGCGAUCACUCUGGCGCUUUUCACGAUGAUGGAGAACCAAUCUUUCGAUGUUCUCGACCAGGACUUCCUAUCCCUUGCUAGCGCAUUUUCGAUUGUGGCUAGUCGCUCCGCCUUGGGUCGCAAUCUCUUCCAUAUCUUCCGACAAUCAGUACGCGCUAAGGCGCAAGGCGAUCGUAUUCGCGAGGCUAGCUCCGUGCCCGAUGAAUUGAAGGAUCUUUUUGACGAGGAGCCAACCAACCGGGGCCACUCCCGAUUUGAUGAUUACGCAGAGGGGCUGGAGAAACUUAACCGUGAUGAAAAGUACCAUGGCAUUGGUGACGGCCAGAGCCUCCAGGAUUAUCCCGGCUUAGGUCUUUCCGACAUGUUGGAUCGAUAUGAGAGCCUCAGCCUGGGAAAAGACAGCCUUUUACCUGCACGACAGCAUACAGCGCCAUGCUGA